GAAGCUGCUUUUCUUGAUUUCCUCAAAGUGAUUGUGAACUUUCUUCACUUCAUUGUAAUAGCGCAAACUUGUUCGCAUGAGAGUGCUGCAGCGAGGACACUUUUUGAACUGUAUUUCCUCAGAUUCUUCCCUGUCCAUCCACUGGUCAAGGCCGGUAUAUUCAAAGACAUGCUUGCAGUCUUGCAACUGAACGAAUCUGGCAUCUGGUUCAUCUUCCGUUCCAAAAAAUAUCUCUGUGACCAUAUCGUUGUCACACACACGGCACAGUUUGGGGCACUUGUCACCACAAAGACCAAUGCAUUGAUGGCCACAUUCUAGCCUUUCCAGACACGGCAUGUCGCAUCGUGGACGAUUGCACAGCUCUCCACACUUCUUGGUGCAUUUAAGAUGGUCGCAGUUCCACUGACAAGGCUCUGCACAGGGAUCACAAGGUUCGUAGCAAUUCUUUGGGCACUUGCUGUGAGGGCAGUAGUUGGAGCAUUUAGCUGUGCAUGGUGGGCAUUCGGCUGCACAGGGAGAGUCACAUAUGUGUCCACACACUAGUGUACGUCCACACUCUGAUCCACAGUGAAUGUGCAACCUUCCCUCCUGACAGCGACCACACGUACCCUUGCAUUCAUGGCCACAUUGUAAUAUACUAUUGCAUG